AAAUGGCGGCUAGUUAGAUGAGUCUCCCCACUCCUACACAGAAAACAAAAACUCUGUGGAAAAACUCUGGAUAUACACCGGGAAUACCGACAACAACAUUCACAGGCCGCUUCUCACAACACUUUCAUGAAUGAGAAUGACGCGCUGGGUGCCCACGAAAAAGGAAAAGUACGGCGUUGCUAUCUAUAACUAUGACGUCCGCUGUGAUGAAGAGUUGUCCUUACAAAUCGGAGACACCGUACACAUUCUGGAGACUUAUGAAGGAUGGUAUCGAGGGUAUCGAUUGAGGAGAAAAUCAAAGAAGGGUGUGUUUCCUGCUUGUUAUAUACAUCUAAAGGAAGCCGUGGUUGAAGGCAGUGGGCAAAAAGAGACAGUCAUCCCUACAGAGCUGCCGUUGGUUCAUGAGGUCACGACUACGUUGCGAGAAUGGGCGUCAAUAUGGAGGGACCUCUAUGUGGGCGACAAGCGUGAGAUGUUUAACACAGUGCGGGACAUGAUCUACGACUUGAUUGAAUGGCGCUCUCAGAUCCUGUCCGGCACCCUCCCACAGGACGAGAUGUCGGAACUCAAACAGAAAGUCACCUCCAAGAUGGACUACGGGAACAAGUAUUUAGACUUGGAUUUGGUAGUGAGAGAUAAAGACGGGAAUAUUCUGGAUCCGGACCUGACCAGCACUAUCAGUCUGUUCCGAGCACACGAAACUGCAUCCAAACAGAUUGAAGCUCGCAUCCAAGAGGAAAAGUCUCAGAAGCAGAACUUGGAUUUGAGCAGGCAGGCGAAGUUUGCCUCGACACCCUCCUUUGCUCUGUUCGUCACGCUCAAGAACGUUGUGUGUAAAAUUGGAGAAGACGCAGAAGUGCUGAUGUCACUAUACGACCCAAUUGAGUCAAAAUUUAUCAGUGAAAACUAUCUUGUGCGCUGGUCCAGCUCCGGUUUGGCGAAAGACAUUGAUCAACUUCAUAACCUACGUGCUGUUUUCACCGAUCUGGGCAGUGAGGAUCUGAAGAGGGAGAAAAUCAGUUUUGUUUGUCAGAUCGUUCGAGUGGGCAGAAUGGAACUCCGAGAUAACAACACAAAAAAAUUAACGUCUGGCCUCCGCAGGCCCUUCGGCGUGGCAGUAAUGGACGUUACGGACAUCAUCACCGGCAAAAUGGACGACGAAGACAAGCAACACUUCAUUCCAUUCCAGCCGCUAGCGUUGGAUGACGCCAUUCGUCACAGGCAGCUGAACAUCUCCCGUUUUUCACCCAGGGUGGCGGGCGAGAACGACUUCCUCCAGACUGUCAUCAACAAGGUCAUUGCUGCCAAAGAGGUCAAUCACAAAGGUCAAGGUUUGUGGGUCACACUGAAGUUGCUUCCUGGUGACAUUCAUCAGAUCCGGAAAGAUUUCCCACACCUGGUGGACCGAUCCACUGCCGUCGCUCGCAAAAUGGGCUUCCCGGAAAUCAUCAUGCCAGGUGACGUUCGGAACGACAUUUACGUUACACUCGUUCAGGGGGAUUUUGAUAAAGGCAGUAAGACGACGCAUAAGAAUGUGGAAGUCACCAUGUCCGUACAUGAUGAAGAUGGCAAGAAACUCGAGAAUGUGAUCUUCCCUGGUGCUGGAGAUGAAGGCAUUCUGGAGUACAAAUCAGUCAUAUACUACCAGGUCAAACAGCCACGUUGGUUUGAAACCUUCAAGGUCGCAAUUCCGAUUGAAGACGUCAACCGGAGUCACCUUCGGUUUACCUUCAAGCACAGAUCAUCUCAAGACUGCAAGGAUAAAUCAGAAAAGAACUUUGCUCUGUCGUUUGUCAAGCUGAUGAGAUAUGACGGCACAACACUGAGAGACGGAGAGCACGAUCUCAUCAUAUAUAAGGCAGAGGCCAAGAAAUUGGAGGACUCGUCCAUGUAUCUGAACUUGUCCUCCACCAAACCAGAGAUGGAGGAUAAGAGUCCGUCUUCAGGGAAGAACACGCAGAGUCUCGGGAGCUUCACCAUCAGCAAAGACUCAUUUCAGAUCUCUACGCUGGUGUGCUCCACUAAACUCACACAGAACGUUGAUCUCCUGGGGCUUCUGAAGUGGAGAUCAAACACAAGUUUACUCCAGCAGAAUCUACGUCACCUCAUGAAGGUGGAUGGAGGAGAGGUGGUCAAGUUUUUGCAGGACACCUUGGAUGCUCUCUUCAACAUCAUGAUGGAGAAUUCAGACAGUGAAACAUUUGAUACGCUUGUAUUUGAUGCUCUGGUUUUUAUAAUCGGACUGAUCGCUGACAGGAAGUUCCAUCACUUUAAUCCUGUACUGGAGACGUACAUCCGCAAACACUUCAGCGCCACCCUUGCCUACACCAAACUGAUGAAAGUGUUGAAGAACUAUGUGGAUAAUGCCGAGAAGCUUACAGACCAGCUGCUGAAAGCUCUUAAAGCUUUGGAGUACAUCUUCAAAUUCAUCGUCAGGUCUCGGGUUCUUUUUAACCAACUCUACGAGAACAAAGGCGAGAGUGAUUUCAUUGAGUCCCUUCGGAAUCUCUUUACCUCGUUUAAUGCCAUGAUGAACAGCAAUGCCGAUGGUACCGGCGGGGUGAAGGGUGCGGCCCUGAAAUACGUCCCCACUAUUGUCAAUGAUCUCAAACUGGUCUUCGAUCCCAAGGAGCUCAGUAAGCUGUUCAGUGAGUUUAUUCUCAAGGUUCCUCUGGGUCGUCUGGUGAAGCAGAAGUUGAACUGCAUGAUCGACAUUGUCCAUAGCGACCUGUUCACUCAACACGACUGCAGGGAGAUCCUCCUGCCUCUGAUGACAGAUCAGCUGAAGUUUCACCUGGAGAGUGGAGAAGAUCUGGACUCCUGCUGCCAGUUACUCAGCAACAUCCUGGAAGUGCUCUACAGGAAAGAUGUGGGUCCCACACAGUGGCAUGUCCAAAUAAUAAUGGAGAAACUUUUGAGGACUGUAAACAGAACGGUGAUCUCAAUGGGCAGAGACUCAGCUCUCAUUGGCAGUUUUGUAGCGUGCAUGACGGCCACUCUGAGGCAAAUGGAUGACUAUCACUACACACACCUCAUUAACACAUUUGGGAAGAUGCGCUCGGAUGUGGUGGAUUUCCUCAUGGAGACGUUUAUCAUGUUUAAGGAUCUUAUCGGGAAGAAUGUCUAUCCUGCUGACUGGGUCAUUAUGAACAUGAUGCAAAAUAAAGUGUUCUUGCGAGCUAUCAAUCAGUACGCCGCUGUACUCAACAAGAAGUUCCUCGACCAAACCAACUUUGAGCUGCAGCUCUGGAAUAACUACUUCCACCUCGCUGUGGCGUUCCUUACUCAGGAGUCUUUGCAGUUGGAGAAUUUCUCAAGUGACAAACGGGCAAAAAUCUUCCAAAAGUAUCAAGACAUGAGGCGACAGAUUGGCUUUGAGAUCCGAGACAUGUGGUAUAACCUGGGUCAACACAAGAUCAAGUUCAUCCCAGAGAUGGUGGGUCCGAUUCUGGAGAUGACAUUAGUUCCAGAGAUCGAACUGCGUAAAGCCACGAUCCCCAUCUUCUUCGACAUGAUGCAGUGCGAGUUCCACUUCAGACGCUGUUUCCAAACGUUUGAGAACGAGAUCAUCACCAAGCUGGAUCAUGAGGUGGAAGGUGGCAGAGGAGAUGAGCAGUAUAAACUCCUGUUUCAGAAGAUUCUGUUGGAGCACUGCAGGAAACACAAGUAUCUGGCUAAGAGUGGUGAAACCUUCGUAACUCUGGUGGUCCGUCUGUUGGAGAGACUUCUGGACUACAGAACCAUCAUGCAUGAUGAGAACAAAGAGAACCGCAUGAGCUGCACUGUGAAUGUACUGAAUUUCUACAAGGAGAUCGAGAGAGAAGAGAUGUACAUCAGGUACCUGUAUAAACUCUGUGACCUGCAUAAAGAGUGUGAUAACUACACAGAGGCUGGAUACACACUGCUGCUGCACGCCAAACUCCUUAAGUGGUCUGAAGAGGCAUGUGCCGCACACCUGACGCAGAGAGACGGGUACCAGGCAUCUACUCAGGGUCAACUCAAAGACCAGCUGUACCAGGAGAUCAUCAAUUACUUCGACAAGGGCAAGAUGUGGGAGGAGGCCAUUAUCCUGGGGAAGGAGUUAGCCGAACAGUACGAGAAUGAAAUGUUUGACUUUGAGCAGCUGAGUGCUUUGCUGAGAAAGCAGGCUCAGUUUUAUGAGAGCAUCGUCAAGGUGAUCAGACCAAAGUCGGACUACUUCGCUGUGGGUUAUUAUGGGCUUGGCUAUCCCUCAUUUCUCAGGAAUAAGAUGUUCAUUUAUCGUGGAAAGGAGUAUGAACGGUGGGAGGAUUUUGAGGCACGACUGCUCACUCAGUUUCCCAACGCUGAAAAGAUGAAGACCACGACUCCAGCCAGUGAGGACAUCAAGAACUCCACUGGACAGUACAUUCAGUGUUUCACAGUGAAGCCCAUUCUAGAACUUCCACCCAAAUUUCAGAACAAACCCGUGUCAGAGCAGAUCGUGAACUUUUACACUGUAAACGAAGUCCAGAAAUUCCAGUAUUCCCGGCCAGUCCGGAAAGGAGAGAAAGAUCCGGACAAUGAGUUUGCUAACAUGUGGAUUGAACGGACGACUUAUGUCACAGCCUAUAAACUGCCCGGCAUCCUGCGUUGGUUUGAAGUUGUGUCUGUCUCAGCGGAGGAAAUCAGUCCUUUGGAGAACGCCAUGGAGACCAUGCUGCUGACCAAUGAUAAGAUCAACAACAUGGUCCAGCGGCACCUCAGAGACCCGAGCCUUCCCAUCAACCCCCUCUCCAUGCUGCUCAAUGGCAUUGUGGACCCAGCUGUCAUGGGCGGCUUCACUAAUUAUGAGAAGGCAUUUUUCACAGAGAAAUACAUCCAGGAACAUCCAAAUGACCAGGAGAAGAUUGAAAAGCUCAAGGAUCUGAUUGCUUGGCAGAUCCCAUACCUGGCAGAAGGAGUUCGUAUUCAUGGUGAGAAGGUGACAGAGGCUCUUCGGCCGUUUCACGAGCGUUUGGAGGCGUGUUUCAAACAGCUCAAGGAGAAGGUGGAGAAACAAUAUGGCACCAAAACACUACCUCCAAUGUCGGAUGAACGCCGGGGCAGUCGACCACGUUCGAUGGUUCGGUCGUUUACCAUGCCAUCGUCUCAGAGGCCGCUGUCCAUUGCGUCUGUGACGUCCAUAUCAUCAGAUAACUCUCCCUCCAGACCGGGAUCAGAUGGAUUUGCCUUGGAGCCUCUCUUACCAAAAAAGCUUCAUUGUAAGUCACAGGACAAGCUGGACCGAGACGAACCUGAGAAAGAGAAGAAGGAGAAAAAGAAAGAGAAACGUAACAGUAAACAUCAGGAGAUCUUUGAUAAGGAGCUGAAGGCUGCAGAUAUUCCCCUACAGUCCAACGAGGCCGUUAUACUGUCAGAGACUAUCAGUCCGUUGAGACCCCAGAGACCGAAGAGCCAGGUCAUCAACUUGCUGGGCGAGAAGAGGCUCUCCGUCUCCCCAGGAGUACCAGCCAACUCCACAGCGCCCACCAUCCCACCCCCUAUCACCCCCCGACCCAAACUACAGUUCAGCUUACUUUCUGUAUCCAAUCUAGAGCUCAAUGGGAUGGGUUAUGGAGAUAAGUGCGAAAUUCCACCCCCACUUCCUGUCAAAAGCAGCAUCGGAGACUAUGGAAACCUGAUGGACAACUCAGACAGGGCCAGUCCAACCACACCCCCUCCACCUCCACCACACCCACGGCACCUUCCACCCCCCUUACCUAGCAAGACUCCUCCACCUCCCCCUCCAAAGACCACUCGGAAGCAGACGUCCAUCGACUCGGGAAUCGUCCAAUAAGCGAGAAGACAGCAUUGCCAAACAGAGACAUAAGUGUCGCUCCCCUCUUCCAAUGAUUUUCUGUCAACAUCCCUGACAGCAUUCGUGAUGAAUACCUCAUCUCGGCUCCUCUGUAACGGCUGAUUAUUCUGUGUUCAGAGGUAGCUGUCCACUGCCAGAUCACCCCUCAAAGCGCCAACAUGUGAUAAUACAAGCUGCAAAGUGCAGUUUAUUUAGUAGCAGUACAGGCGUCAGAAAAUCAGCUGACUCCUCGCCAGACAAGAGCAAAUAUAGAUGCAACUGGAGUCUGAUAUUUCUGGGUGUUUUUGGCAGAUGGUGCAUAUUUAACUUCUGAAAUUCCACUUGACAAUGGAUGGAGAUUUGGCUGUGGGCUGGAAUAUGGCCAGAAGAUUGUUUUAUCAACGUUAUUAUUAAUGAUUAGUUUAUCUAAAAAUGAAAAUUCUGUCAUUUAGUUGUUCCAAACCUGUAUAAUUUUCUUUCUUCUGUGGAAUACAAAAUGAAAAAGACAUACAGGGUUGGAAUAACAUGAGGGUGAGAAAAUUGUGACAGAAUAUAAAUUUUUUGGUGACAAAAUCAAUGCAUAAUAAUUUUUACGUGAUCAUUUUAUCCUCAAUAUAUAUACACAUUUAUGUACAGAGGUUUGUAUAUAUGAUUUUAUUUUAUUUUUUUCAUAAAAGUAAAUUUUAUCCUUUUUUUUUUUUUUUGUAUUCGCUGUGCAUUAAAACAAUUGGCAUUUUUAUUGAAAAAGGGCUUAUUGAAUUUGGGAGGGACGGUAAAAGGUAUUCCUAAAAGUAUAUUGGUUUUAUGUUUUGAUGUCAUUUUUUUUUUCUUUUUUUUUUCCUUUCUCAUUUGGAGUGAAAACAACUAAUGUCAUUGUACCAGUCAAGCAUAUAAACCACAUAAUAGCGACACCAUGCAUAUUGAUAACAUUGACUGCUCCAAAUUCACUACUGACUUAUGAAUAAACUCAAUGUAUGUAUUUGUAAAAUGACUAAUUUGAUUCAU